UAAUUUAUAUCCUAAGUAGACUAAAUUUAUAUUAUUUUUUGUUUACCUUCAAUUAAAUGUUCAAAUGAUUAUUAAGAACAAUGUUGCAGCGGCGUAUAAUAACAAUGAACAUUGUAAUUAUUCUUUUAUGAUUAUUUUUGUUGCUGUGUUAUUCUUAGAACACGUGCCAGUACAAAAUUAUUUUAUUGUUGUAAUAUUGGUUCAUCCGUUGGUAACCUUAUUAUUAAAAAUUUAAUUUGUAACUUUUAUAUUAUGUAAAGAUAAUACGGAACAACCUCCUAUCUAUGUACUUUAUAGUUUGAUGCCGGUAUCAAAUAUAUUAGGUAAAUUUGAAAAUAAUUCAUUAGAAGAUGGAACCCUAAUCUCAGAGUUUGUUCUAAACAAAAAUUAAAUUAGGUUGUAUGUUAUAUAGAUGAUAGGGAAAAAAUUAAGUGAACCAACCUGUGCAGUAUGAUUUGUAGCGCGAAAUUAAUCCAUUUUGGAUAUAGUUUGAGACAGAGAAAAUGGAUCCAGAUUUAAUGUUAGAGACCAAAGAAAAAAAACAGCAUUAUAUGACGAAUUGAAAAAAAAAUGGUUUUAGUCCAAAUAAUUUAAUAAUGUUAUAUGUUAUUGCUAGCACGUUUCAACCUACAUGACUGAUUGACGUUAUUCAUACGGAGUUCGAGAAUGGUUUCAUAGAUAUGAUAAAAUUGGAGAUGUUAACAGAUAUCAAUAAUAACCUUAUCUGUUCAUGAGCAUUAGAAGACGCGAAGACUCAACUGAAAAACAAAGAACAUAUGAAGCAAUACAUUUCAGCUUUAUUAUGUUUUCUUAGUCUUUUUAUUAUUUGAAUGUGGAUGAAUAAAAAAAAUAUUUGUAUGUUUUUAGAGAAUGAGAAAAUAUCUGAAUAUAAUUUUUUUUUCAGGCUAUAUUAGACAUUUUUUUUGAUGGAAUUGUUGAUGAUAAUUUUUUUUUUGUUGACAACGUGUGUACUUUUUAUUAGUAGAAGAAGAAGUGUUAUCAGAACCGGAACAGACCGGAUUGGCCGGUUGGAUUGCGAACUGGGCCCUCAGCUGGUCUGGUUCGUGAAUUGAACCGCUUAAGUAGUUAAAUCGGAAUAAAGCCGUCAAAUCGGUCGGUUUUUGGCAAAAACUGUGAACCGAACGGUUCUACUGAAAACCCCCGAAAUCCCCAAUUUUUCCCUAAAUCCAGUCGAUCUCCAUCUUCUUCUCCACUUAGCACAACAUCAGAGAUUAAGAUGAGACCAAAUCGAACAGAGUUCAAUGGGUUCUUCUUCUUUUUGUUCAAUCAAUUCUUCUCCACUCGCAGUGACGAACAAGCAGAGGGAUCUGGUCUAAUCAAGCAACUCCUUCUCUACUCGAUCUUUCUUUGCUCAGGCUUCACAGGUCACAACUUCGGUCAGUCUUCUUCAGGCUUCAUAACUUCGUUUUUUCAAUCUUCUUUCGUUCUUUGCUCCUUUCUCCUUACAGCUUCAACUGAGUGGAGAAGACCAGAUCUCUGCGAGUGGAGAAGACAAGGUCUCUCUCUCUCUCUCUCAUGUAUGAUAAUAUGUUGUUAGUCAAAGCUGUUAACUACUAUUAAUUUAACUAUUGUUAAGAAGUAUUCUUUUAGUAUUCUUGUCAACUAAAGUUAAAAACAAAAUUUUCUUAUGGUGUUUUUCAUUUUUAACAAAGGUUUUUUUUAUAUUAACUUAAUUAAUUUAUGGUAAAUUAUAUGCAUUAGGGACAUAUUUAUAUUUUUUUAGUUAAAUUAUUAUAUUUUAUAAUUUUUUUUAUUUUUUUAUUAUUCAAAUGGUCUGACCAAUUGACCCAAUGGUUAAACCAUUAACCCGGUCACUCUACCAGUUCGAUGUCCGGUCCGGUCUUGAUAACAUUGAGUAGAAGUGUUUUGAACAUUUUUUUAGAAUUGAAAUAUAGUUGAAUAUGAAUGUUGAAAUCGUAGACAUUGGAUCAACAAAAAAAACAUUUAACAAUGUCAAGGGACAUAUUUUCUCAGCUGUUUGAAUUAUUAUGCUGUAGUAGUUGUAGUGUGAGUUUCGUUACAUAAAUGUUUAAUUAUAUAUGCUCUACAUGCAUGUUGAUGUUAUUCUAAAUAUCCUAUUUUUAGAAAAUAUUUUGUUGAAAAUUUUAAAAUAUUAGUGGGCUUAUUUUGGUCAUUGUAUGUUGAAAUUUACGAGUAACAUAGUGUCUUCAAACACGGUUAAUUACUAGUAUUAUAUUAUAUUUGAUACUUAAAAAUUUAAUAGACACAAAUGGGCCAAAAAUCAGAGUUACAUUGUGUAUACUAACCAAAAAGACUAAUUAUAACCUUUUAUAAAAAAUAAGUUUAAUGUAACCAUUUGAAAUUGACAUCCAGUUUGUUUUAGUAUUUUAAAAGCAUUGCAUAAGAAUUUCAUUAAUAAUACUAUCAACAAAUGUCUUCCUCUACCAAUCAUCUCUUUACCUCCAAUCCGGAUACUCAAUUGAAUCUUCUCUUCUCUCUUAGGUGGUGGCUCGCUUUAGUCAAAUUAGAAUAAUUUCAUCAGAUAAACAAAUCUAUAUUUGAAUUUUCUAACUCUAAUUAAUUUUGAAAUUAUAAUUUGAUCUUGAUUUUGAUGUACUUAUAAUAAUGUUCAUACAAUAAUAAACUAACUCCUUAAUUUUUUGAAAAAAUCACAAAUUGACUCUUUAACUGUUCAAAACUUAUCCAAAAAGGUCUAUGCAAUGUAUCUUCUGAAGCGUGGCCAAUAGUUAUUAAUCAUUUGAUUAUGAUUCUAUUCUAAUAGGUAUUGUAAAAAUAGUAGGCUGAGCAUACUUAAAUAUACGCAAUAAAUAUUUCAGAUUUAUAUAGGUAAUAUUAUUAAAAAAAAAAUUAAGGGUGGGCGGCUCCAACCUUCUUCCUUCCCUUUCUGAAAUACUUUGGAGAACCCUAUUACAAAAUGUCUCUUGCACUGUGCAUUUGAUGGAGACAUAAUGUUGAUAUUUGUGCAGUUGUUUGUUGUAGUGGCUUUGGAAAGCUUUUGAACUUGCAUGAAGUUGAUGUUAUUGGGAUUCUAAUUGCCAUUUAUUUUGCACCCAAUUUUUUUGUUUUUGUUUUGAGUUCAUUUUUCCUCGUGGGUAGGCGUAGGUUAAUCAUUGUCCCCAUCUACUCGUAUUUUUAUUUUAGAAAGGUGAAAUGGGAUUGAUGUUGUCAAUUUAAAAUAGUUGCGAGAAAACUUUGUUGAGUUGAAAUGAGACGUGUGCUGGCCACAUUUCUUAUGGCUGGUGGUACUGUGAUAGCAUAACUUGUAUGGUUUUAUAUGCGAUAGACGGUAAGUUCUCUGGAUGGUUUUCUAUAUUGUUUACCUUAUACUUCCCCACAAAUGUGCACUGCUAUCAGUUUCUUGGAUUGGUGCCUGUCCUUUUGUUUGAGCCGUCAAUUUCUAUUUGUGCAUUCAAUAUUUGAGUGGCCGAGCUGUUGACUCCUUGCAACGUUUCUUGCCCUUGAGACCACUUAUCAAUAACAGAUCAAAGGACACUCAGUGUGUAUGGUUUUAUAUGCCAAAGCUGCUGAACAGUUUGAUAACACAGCAUUUUGUGAUUAUUGUUGUUUAUAAGUAACUCAUUGUGAAAAUGAAAAGGUGUCUAUGGCAGUGGAGGACCUGCUUUUUCUUUAAUUUUUCCUUGACCGGAGUAAUUUGGUGUUCUUGAAAGGAGAGUGGAGGUAUGAAUUCAGAGGUUAUAAUCACUUUUUUUAGGUUUUAUUCUUACAUUUCCUCUUGGUUCUGCCUAUUCAAGGAGCUUCACGAAGUUAAGAGGAAAAGUGCAGCUCUUCAGAUGCAACAGUUUGUUGGGGAGGAAAAGAAUGAUUUGCUGGAUUACUUGAGAUCACUGCAACCAGAAAAGGUGGCCGAGCUGUCAGAACCAACAUCCCCUGAAUUGAAAGAAACAAUCUACUCUGUAGUCCAUGGUCUCCUGGCUACCCUUUCUCCUAAGAUGAAGGCUCCUCAUUUGUCCGAGAACCCUGCUAAAGGAGCUGUAAAUGUUGGAAUUGAAGAAGAUUGUGUCGAUCUUAUUGAGAACACGUCGCUUCAAUUUCAGCCUCUCAUUUCGUUGACUCGGAAUUAUCUUGCUCGUCUGCUGUUCUGGUGCAUGCUGUUGGGGCACUACCUCAGAGGCCUUGAAUAUCGUUUGGAACUUACAGAACUUUUGUCGUUGCCAAGUGAUGCAGAGAAUGAUGUUGCUAGUGGUGAACAAGUUACUUGA